CAUUUCUAGUGUGCUUUGCGCUCCAGUAGAGUCGAUCUAAAUAUCUUUAUUCAUAGCACUGCCGGUCCUUUAUACCGGUGUACUCCGUGAGUUGCUUUACAGGUUGUAUGAGCACUGUUGGACCAGGCAUGUAUCACGCUCACAGACCCACAUGACGGGUUCUUCCCUUGUUUCCUCAGCAGCACCAAGCGAUAGGCGAGAUGGCUAGAAUCACGUAGUGUUAAAACAUAGUAAGGGCUAAUUUCUUCGCUGGUUAUUGCUCUGUGUAAUUCGAGAUCAUUUAGCCGGGUUGGUACUGCUUCCGAUCUCUCAGGGUAGAUUUCAAACACGAGUUUUUCUCUUAUGGAGCCCUGAAGCGGGCAUGUGUUUCAACGCUCUACAAUCACUUAUGGAUACCAGUAAACUCGUGUAAAGUGUUAAGAAGUAUAACGACAAGUGUUGGGUUUAUUUAUCUGUUUAUUGCCGAGAACGCAAAGUGAUAUCAGUGGAAUUACGUUUAUGUUCAUGUGGGAUUUACUUUUAAACGCUGACAGUGACCUUGGUGGUGGUACUAUGACGACAUUGCGGAGAUGAAGGGACUCAGAUCAUCAGAGGAGGGUAGGGCCAUCCCCGCCCACUAUAUUGGACCCAUUUGCACGUGAUUACCGACCCUCGGGAUUAUACUAAAUUGCUUACCAAUUGUUGUGUGUUGUUUUCUGAGGAUAUAUUCAACUCUGUGGAAAUUGUAUUAGUGAUUACAAUGUAAUUACACAUUUGUUUGGAGUAUAUACUUUGACCAUGGUGGUUCUGCCUGUCAGUGGCAAAUUUUUGGCGUCAACCGCGCUCGGACUAGCCCUCAUGAUUCUAAGUGCCCUUCCCAGUGAGGCCGUUCGAUACCUACGGCCAAUGUUUAACGAUAUGGAAUCCAAUGUGACAACCUAUGUAGGAGACUCCGCCGUGCUUGAGUGUUCUGUCAGAAAUCUAGGAACCAAAUCUGUAAUUUGGAAGAGGAAGUCGGAAAAGCAUGCUUUGACGAUUGGUGAUUUUGUGUUUACGAGUGACAACUCAUACUCCGUAGAACAUGCGGACCGCAGCCAAAUAUGGGCUCUUGUCAUCAAGAACGUACAGAAGGAGCACGCGGGGGACUAUGAAUGCCAAAUAAGUACAAAGGAGGACUUAAAUAAAUCUGUUUCAUUAAGAGUGCUAGAUGCAUCGAGUCAAACACCAGUUACUACACAACAGUCCUCGCCUAUCUUACCAGCGGUGAACUUGGGAGGAGCAGAGUUCGUUGAAAAGGGGAACCCUAUCAAAUUAUCUUGUAACGCCACCGGGAAAGUAAUGACACCGGAUGAUGUUGACUGGUUCAAGAACGGUAUCAAAAUUAAGAGCAGUGCAAGCAAUACGAUACAAAUCACUAAACGUCGCCUGCCGGUGACUCGGACGUUAGUUAGUACUCUACAUAUAAAACACAGCAAUAUGAAUGACACGGGGACGUAUAUUUGUCGAAGUACGGACCUAAAAGUGAAAGGCAAAUAUGUGAGCGUUUUAAAUUCGGAAUCAAGUCAAAUUAAACGCGACGGUGAAAAGACAAAUGGCGAAUUUGAACUACGCAAAACGUCAGAUUUCAAUGGACAGUGUAUGUUACACACACUGCCCAUGCACGUGCUAUUGAUCUUCUACUGUGUGACAUAUUUACUGUCCAGCGUCCACUAGGGGGCCAUCCCACGCGGGUGCCUGUGCAUAGACUUGUCCUACACAUGUACAGAAUCGGUGCCGCCAUUAGACGACGUGUCACUGAGCUUGGGCUAAGAGGGGAUCGUAAGAAAAUAUGCAUCUGUGAAUGUGGCUUAAUUAAUGGGCAUGUGUGCAUUAACGGAAUAUUUUGGUGUGUUAGAAGGGCAGGUGUAUUCUUUUGGCGACCACUCAGGAUAAUGACGUCUGGAAUCUGGUUAAAAUGAGCUGAUGAACUUCAACAAUAAUAGCACAUUCAAGCCAGUCGUUGUUGACCAGUUCAGUACCUGACGUUAGGAAACAUUAUGCAGUAGACGCUAUAGGGCGAACCGCCUGCCGCAUUCUGCUCUCAAUGACUUCCGGCAGGUUAUUUCCGGUCCGGAUGGUAACGGAAGUCUGCCGCUCGGUAUUGAUCCUGCCAGUGCAGACCGAUUAAUUAUAGGAGAGAUUGCGCAUGUGCGUUGCAGACAAGGAAUUACAGGCUAACACGGAACGCCGAUCGUUUUAAGGAUCCUGAUCAGUCGUGAGAGAGUCCAGGUUCGACGAGACAUGGAAUUUCAGAAUGUUUAACAGCCAGCGAUCAGGACAUAGCAGACGUUUAUCGUAUCUGAUAGAGUCCGCAUGGCUACACCAUUGGCACUGUAGUCAUCAUAUUUCGUAUCAUUCAUAUUUAUUAUUUAUACGUAUCAGGGAGUUGCUAUUAAGUAAGGGUCAUAUGUUUCACGCGCUGAGGGUCCCUUUAGGACCCCCAUAAGACCCGCGUUUCACGGAAGUCAAGUUUACAUCUGAACACUGCCGAGUUCUUACGCCUACCCAUCCUACUUAAAUGUUUCCACACUUCUUUUUUUCUUCAAUUUCUUACAAAUUUAUUAUUGCUGUUUUUUUUUUAUAAAGUACGCCAAUAUGUCCUUUGGAUUAUCAUUCGUUAACACACUUACGUAAUUACUAUUGCAAUGGGAUCGCUGUCUCUCGUUUAGGGGAAUGGAAAGAAAAUUGGAGUCAGUAUUGAUUAAACUGAAUACAUACAUUACCACAGAUUCCCUCCAAAUCGUUGCGGCUGUAUAUUUGUGUAUUGAAUGCCUACUUUAAAAGAGGCGAUGUCAUAGUUCAAGUAAACGGCACUUUACAUCACACAUUAGUAUGUUCAUAUAAAACAUGCUACACAGAAAAGGGUAUAGAAAAUAUCGCUAAAUCUUUUUUAUAUUAGAUUUGUAAUAAAUGAUGUUAUGAAUUGAUCAAAUCGUCCAUGUUAUCGUAAAAAAAUGACAUGCAUUCUACGUCAUUAGAUGUGAUAUUUUUGUAUUCGCCGAAGCAUUGUUUGAGAGCAAUUGUAACGUGCUUUGUGACGUCAGAAGGUCACAGUAUGAAGACUUUACCGCAUAUGGUACGUUUGUUUGUCCAGCUUCUUAAACAAUGUAUAAGUUAUAUUGAACGUUGCAUGCUGUAGGUUUCUGACGACUCAAUGCAGCAUCUACUUCAUAUUACUACAAUGCAGCUGCUGUACCAAAUGAAGAGUAGUGUUAUGCAUUACUUAAGAAAUUCUUUAGAAAAGAAGUUUGUCGUAAAAAGAAUGUGCUUUUGACGUCAUAAUAUUUGUAUUUGUCAACGUCAAUGACAGUUAGACGUCUUUGCAUCAAUCAUAUGUAUAACGUGACGACCAUGUAUAUUUUACUUGCCAAAAACGUGCAUCGUCUGUUACGUUUAUCACACAAACAGGUAUUUCAGCAUACCACCAGCUUAUGCCUAAAUAACAUAGAUAGCUGAAAUUGACAACCGCCAUUGUAAUUUACAAUUACAGAAACGACCGUCUGUUUAAACAUCUAGACAUACCGUGCAGUUGUCCAACUAUUUUUGGUAGUAAAGACGUCUCCCUGACAAUUUUCGACAAAUCGUCAUUACAUAUACUUGUUGUCGCCUUAGCUGUCCUGGCCAUGCCCUUCACUAAAAUCACGUCUAUGUGUAUAUGUGCUGCAUACUUAUAAUAAUGUAAAUAGUUAUCAGUUUUAGUCUGUAUAGCUUAGUACUUUACAUGUGAUAUUUGGUAUUAUCUUAAGGCAUAACAUAGAAAUAUUCAAGUAAAAGGAUUUUUUUCAGUCGUAAUGAGUAUCAUUUUGGACAUAACUAUUGUAACUACAGUAUAAAAGGAUCAAAACUAAGAAAUAUAGUUUACAGAUACAGCGUAUAAUUAGCAAAGAAGACUUUGGAGGAAUUUGACCUUCUGUUCACUUUAGGAAACCUGUGUUACAGCUGGACUAGUUUGGUGUAGCUCUUGUUUAAUUGAAAGUAUCAUUCAAGAAAAGACUACAUUUCCUUCGAUUGGAAACAUUUAUCGUAGGAAAAACAACAUAUUUUUAUAAUCUAUGUUGUUAUAUAUUAGAUAGUUUGUCCCAAACCAGAAAAAUAAAGUUAAUCCGUACAUGGAGUUAUGUGCCGAUGUCUAUAAGCACCACCUUUAAAUUGUUAUAGCAAGCACUUGUCUUUCAUCUCCCUCUUGGUCAAUAUCUUAUAGUAGGUAUUAUAAUUGCAGCUUCCUGUUAUCGCAAGGCAUGACGGGUACCGGAACUACAUUUCAAAGUGAAACGCAUAUUAGGUUUUGCAAUGUCGAUAUAGUAUAAUGUUCAUGUAUAUACGAUAUGUUCUUUUCAUUCCAUUUGAUGCAGUCUGUCAUUUGUAAAAAUCUUGUCAUUAUGCACACAUCUACAUGUGUCUGUGUAUGUCAUUCUAUCAAGAGGUGUCUGUCUCCCGAAUACUCUUAUUGUCAUCCUUGAUACCCUUAUAUCUGUCCAGCUGAAUCGUCCGUUUGUCAGUUCGUUGUAGCGUAUGUUCAGAUGAUCAUUAAAACAACAAAUUACUAUUCAAGUUUAUGGGAACAUGUUAAUGCUGUAAGAAUUUUACACCCUAUUGUCUUCAAUUAACAUCGUUAAACUUAAAGAUACUGAGACAUUUUACUAUGCAAGUAAACUAUCUUCGAAACAUAUUUAAGUGGCGGGUAUUGCAGGAUCAUACUGAACAGAAACCAUAUGUGUACCUCUAUUGCAUGACAUAGUAUUAUACGUGAAUGAGAUGUGUCAUGUCUCGAAAAAAACAUUUAAAGGAAAAAGUACACUUAUGUACAUUGUAUCUUAAUUCCAGAAUAAGAAAAUAAAUAAUGAUAACGCGGUGAUUUUCCUGUCUGUUUCUAUAAAUAAUAAGUAUUUGCGUUCCUCCCAGCCAGUCUGAACCUUCGACCUCUAAAACAUAUAUAUUUUGCAUUUUAAUUUGAUCAAGUUUUUCAUUGAUACAACAAAUACUUUUAAGUGAUUUUCUUUUCUCCAUUAUUCAAAUUUUAUCGUCUUGACUUAGCAAGUCAUCUUGUUGUUUGAGGUGACAUUGUCAUACUGAGAUUUUAACUCUUUCUGACAUAAUCAUAGUGUAUCAAACGUUAUUUGAAUAUUUCAGGACGAAGAUUCGUCUCCCAACUUAACCUAUACUACGAGCCCAAUUGUUCAGUUUCACCAUUUUUUGAAGCAUUGUGCGAGUUCGUGGACUUAUCAAUUUAAUGAAUCAAUUCAAGUUCACGAUGAUAGGGUCAAAUUGAAACGAUGUAUAGGGUUACAAUACCAGUAUGACAAGAAUUGCUUUUUCAACAACUCUAUAUGUAGAUGAUGUAUAUAUAAUGAUGAAUGGUUGUUUUUUUUGUAUAUAUUAGAAAAAAUACAAUGGAAAAACCGUGUCUAAAAUGUAAUGUAAUAAUUUAUUGUUGAGAAUUGAAUAUGUUGCAUUCGUUAAAGAUGCAAACCUGAAUAAAAUGUUCAGUAUUUUGUA